AUGAAUCCAUCACAAUCAAAGUACUCUCCUAAGCGUCUCUUCUUCUUCACUCCAGUCUUAUUCUUCUCAACUUAUUACACCCUAACCACUCUCAUAACCAUCACCAUCUCUUCUUCUUCUUCACAAGAUACUCACUAUCCUCCACAGCUUCAAGAGCCUUCCAUGUCCCAUCACUCCUCUCCUCCACAAGAUCCUUCCAUGCUCCAUCACUCCUCUCUUCCAGAAAAACCUUCAGAAAACCAACCAUCAUCACUAUCUUACUUCCCACUCUGUCGCAAGAACUUCACCAACUACUUGCCCUGCCACGACCAGUCAACGGCACGACAGUACAGUAUCGAGAGACACUACAGGAGAGAGAGGCAUUGUCCUGAGUCAUCCCAUGAGAAGCUCAGGUGUUUGGUCCCAAAGCCCUCUGGCUACAAAAGGCCUUUCCCUUGGCCUGAUAGUAGAGACUACGCUUGGUUCAAGAACGUUCCCUUCAAGAAGCUGACUGAGUUCAAAAGGACUCAGAACUGGAUUAGGCUUGAAGGAGACCGGUUUGUUUUCCCCGGAGGUGGAACUUCCUUCCCCGGUGGCGCAAAGGACUACGUUAAUGCUAUUCUUGGAGUUUUGCCAUUGGCUUCUAGAAGUGUCAGGACUGUUCUUGAUAUUGGAUGUGGAGUAGCGAGUUUUGGAGCCUUUUUGCUGAACUAUAACAUCUUGACAAUGUCAAUAGCACCUAGGGACAUACACGAGGCUCAAAUUCAGUUUGCAUUAGAGCGUGGACUCCCUGCAAUGCUCGGUGUUCUAAGUACUUAUAGACUGCCUUAUCCAUCAAAGUCUUUUGACAUGGUUCAUUGUUCUAGGUGCCUUGUAAAUUGGACUGCCUAUGAGGGGCUUUACUUGAUGGAGGUAGAUCGUGUUCUACGUCCUGAUGGAUACUGGGUGUUGUCUGGACCACCUGUAACAUCAAUGGUUAAACCCAAGAACCAGAAGAGAGAUUUGCAGAAGGAGAUGGAGAAACUAAAUGAUGUUUUCAGAAGUCUUUGUUGGGAGAAGUUUGCUGAAAGAUACCGAAUUGUCAUAUGGAGAAAGCCUUCUAACCAUUUGCAGUGUAGACAAAGACUAAACACUCUCAAGCUUCCUCGUUUCUGCUCUUCUGGUGACCCUGACUCUGCAUGGUACAGAGAGAUGAAGCCGUGCAUCACUCCUCUUCCAAAUGUUAAUGGCACACACAAAAGCGUUCUCAAAAACUGGACUGAGAGGAGACUAAACCAUGCGCCUGAGCGAAUCAAAACCGGAUCAGUACAUGGAGUGACCAUUUCCAGAUUCAAAGCUGACACUAAGCUGUGGCAGAGAAUGGUUGUGUACUAG